AACAGCAAUACCAGUACUGACCUAUUGCCCUACGGGGCAGCUCUGGUGCCCCCGUGCCCCACUGCCCACGCUGCGGGCACCCCGAAGUGCGGCCACAUCACAGUGAAGCGAAGGGGACCCCGACUUUCCCCUCUAUUUGUUUCACAGCUGUGCAGCUCCGAAGGGAAAUCACGCGGCCGUGCUUUUCUCAUUAAGCGCCGUCACAUUUUCCAGACAGAAGCUCAGAGCUCACUGCUGUAAAAGUGGGAUUUUUUCUCCUUUUUUUCAGCUGCAGAUGCUUAAGGAUUCCUGGCUGAAGGAUCCUUCCCGGCCUCACUGUGAGCAAUGCGUGGGGCACCUGCACCCCGACCCCAGCCAACCUGCCCCACGGAGCAAGCAACGGUGGGCCAAGGAGGUACCUACAUAUAUAGGUGUGUAUUUGUCCAAGAAGUGGAGCCCCACACUCAGACGUCGCAGCUCCAUCGCCCCCAGCCCGCCCAGGGCUGCGCCGCCGGCGCUUCGCAUCCUGUGAUCCCGAGCUGCUUUUGAAGGAUGUGACCUAAUUAAGGCUCAGCUCUUUUCAAUAUGAUUUUCAUAGUCCCACGGGUUCCUUUUCCCUGUGUGACCGGCUGGGCCUCCCGGGACGUCUGGGAGCAAGAGGAGACAACAUCUGAGCACAGCCCCAUGAGGCACAGUGCCCAGACAUGGAGCCCGGGGGCUGUUGGACUGGGGAGAAAGUGACCUUUGCGGUGCAUGUGUUGGGGUGGGAUGUGUCCCCUCAGUGGAGCUCUGACCCGGGGCCGAGCAGGAGGAAGCCCCUGUUGCAGAACCCGGGUACACCACGGCCGGGUGAGCAAUGCGCCGUGUGUUCCCACGGCAAGGACGGGAGCUGGGACGUUGUGCAGGGGUUGGGAAAGCAGCCGAGCAAGCUGAUCUGCAAUUAAGGACAUUCUUCACUUCCUCCUCCUGAUUAGCAUCGAGAAAACCCAUUUGCUCAUACACCGAGGGCCACCUGCUUUGGACAGAGCAGCAUUCCCAUGCACCGAGAGUGAGUGAGCAGCUCGGCCAGGCCGGGGCAGCCGCAGUGUGCACCACACAGACACCCAGUGCAGGAGGAGAUGUCCCAACUCCUGGCAUGCUGCUGCCUGCGUCUGCUCCGGGGCAUCGCCUUCCCCGUGCUGCAAGCCUGCAGCAAAACGGCGUUUCAGAGCGUGGUGGCAAAACAGCAUCCCGGCGUCAUACAACCGUAGAACCGUAUCGUUUCUUGGCAUUAAAACCAGAGCACCCCGCAGGGCACCCACUGCUUCCCUCCGAGCCUUCGGGCUCCCCGGCCUCCUCCCGCUGCGCCCGAAUCCUGCGUGCUGCACCCGCCCCUCCUGCUCAGUGUGGGUGUGCCGGGCGUUGCCUGCCCUGUGCUGCCCCAACCUGCCCGGCCACCCCAGGGCUGGCUCGGCCUUGUGUGCGCACCCUGAGCUGGGUGGGUAAGCAGCCCCUGCCCCAGCGCUGCCCUCUGGGUGCUCGGCCCUGCACGCACGGCCGCGGUGACACAGAGAACAGCCUGAAAAGCCUUGUCACACCCCAUCAGCUCCCAUCAGCAGCAGCAAUGCAUGAGCAGCAGAGAUAUGAAGGUUUUGCCAUGCAGCCGUCUCCGGGCGUUGCUGUGCUAUGCAACGCCCGGAGACGGCUGCAUGGCAAAACCUUUGGGGCAGUGAAGCCUGGGGGGAAGCACGGCCUCUACGGACCCCAAGGAGGGAUUGGGCUCUGCAGCUGGGGCAGCAGGGAGAGCCUGAGCUGGAAACCCGGUGCCAAACUUCAGCCGGACGAGGAAACCCAAAAUCAAGGAGGGGAGCACAAGAGCCCAUCGGGAAGUGGUCGCUGUGGGUUUUGGAAGACGUUCCCUCUCAGAAAGAGAUGCACUUCCCCAAAAGAGCUGGGAAGGGAAGCGGCCGAGCCGCGCUCCCCACCAUGCAGGUCGGUGUGGGGGGAGGCAGUGGGGCAUGGCGAAGGGGACAGAGCUGCAGGAGGGGAACAGAAAGCGCCCAGGAGCCGGGGUUGUGUUCGUGUCCCCACGGUUUGCAGCCGAUGGGCUCGGCCCUGUGCGUCAGCCCGCCGGCAGAGCGCUGAGUCAGGGCUCGGCAAUAAUGGAAGCGCGGGCUCAGCAGGGACGGGGACAUGGCGGCGGGACGAGGGCAGGGAUACUGCGGGCAGGGGACGUGGAGGGACGAGGCCGCGAGGCCGCGCUCGCCCUGGGCAGGACGAGGCAGCAACGUGCCACGCUGAGGCAGGAAGGAGGCGGGGGGUCCUGGUGGCACACCACCACUAGGCCGCACCAAGCCCAGGUCCCUGCUUGGUGAGAGCCACCUCCCGCACGGCCACGGCCGACGUCCCCAGCGCCCUCUGCCUCCUCCCUCACAGAGGCUUUGCCUUCUUUCUUCUUUAGAAACACGCAAACCACACCCAGAAGUGAAAGAGGAAUGAAAGGCGCUCAAGGAGCCCUGUAUCACCACCGCCUCCGGGACACCUCGAGAAGCCCCCGCACCCCACGUGGGAGCUCUGGAGGGCAGAAAUAAUUAACACGCACUAAUUACAGAUGGAGUCCCGCUCCACAGGCUGCUCUCGAGGUUUCCAGCUCGCGGCCAUGGCGGCAGGAAGCUGCGGCCGUCGCUGCACAGCUCAGCUCGCAGCCGCUCCUCUCUGUGGUGCAGGAAACAGCGAGGAGUGCCACCAGCCCGGGCAGGGACAGUGCUCCGUGCCAGCAAAUGGAGACUGCGAGCUGAGCACAGAGCAGGCACCGGGACAGGGAGCAGGUCCUCCUGGACAAAAAGCCUUUCCUGAUAUUGAUGGGUGUUAGGGAAAAUCAGGUUGGCUGUUAGGGUUGGUUCGGUCAUUUGGGUUAGGCUGGGUGUUAGGAAGAAAUUAUUCUCUGCAGGAGAGGUGAUGCGCUGGCACAGGUUGCCAGGGAGUGGUGGGGUCACCGUCCCUGGAGGGGUUCCAGAGCCAUGGGGAUGUGGCACUGCUGCCCAGAGCUGUGGGUGCCCCAUCCCUGGAGGGGCCUGAGGCCACGGAUGGGCCCUGUGCAGCCUGAGCCAGGGAGCACCCAGCCCAUGGCAGGGGUGGGGCUGGGGAGCCCCUUCCAACCCAUCCGUGCUGCGAUUCUGUGACUACAAUGUGGGGAGCUCGUUGCAGCACGGUGAGCUCAGCCCCGAGCAGCGAGGAGGAAGAUCACGGCCCCUUUCCAGAAUCCCUUCCCUCCCCCACAGCAGCCGUUUCAUCUUGUGGCUCUGGGGUGUGACACACAAGCACCGUGCUGGCGGCCUCCUUCCCCACACUGCCCUGCUUCGGAGCCACUUCCUCUGCACCAAAAAAGGAGCAGCAGCAGCAGCCGAGGCGCUGGCAGUCGGGUUUCACAGCCCCUCGCAGUGGGUGCAGGCGGUGCAGGGUCCACCCGGGUCCACCCCAAGGUGCCCUUCACCCCACAGCAGCCCCAGCGCGAGCGCUGCACGCCUCGAGCUCAGAGCAGGGAGGAGCAGGCACCGGCCGCACGCAAGGAAGAGAAACGCACGGCUUCCUUUUUUUUCUUCUUCUGAAGGAGAGAGAGAAAAGGAAGCGCCGAAAUCACGGAGAUAAAAAUGCACCCAGGCGCUGGGGAACGCCACCGCCACCUGCAGCGCCCGCAAACCGCGCCGCGCUCACGGCGUCCUCGCAUCCCACCCAGGGACAACUAUGCCAGGGUAAGGGCUUCCACCGGGGAAGCCAGGCCGGCAUAAACACGCUGGGAAAUAUCUCCCUGCAGGCCAGCUUUUAAUUAAGGAGCUCUUUUCCUAGCAAGCGAACAAAUAACGCACGUGGUCGCGACAAAUUAUGUUCUCACUCUGCUGCGCGUUCAGGAUUUGCCUCCGUCACGCUCUGCAAGCAGGGGCUGUGUCCUGCAAGGAGCAAAGCUUACAAGGGACAGCUCGGAGGACGCCAACGGAGAGCACAGGGGUGCAGCAGCAGCCAGGUGCCUCCCGGCAGCAGCAGGCCUCGCUCUGCGGGCUGUGCUCAGCCACAAACAGAGCAGGAGCAACACCUCCUUUGAAAUUCAAUUGCAAAGCAAUCACUGCGCAGCGACAAGAGGCAGCUUGGCAAGAAACACCAACUGCAAGAGGAACCUGCUCACCAGAAUAGCUGAAAGGUGUCAAAAUUCAACGCUGCGCGUCCUUAGAAUAGAAAAGCGCAGAUGGAGUUAAAAGAAAGAACAAUUUCGUCCUGCACAGGCACCAUCUGCAUACAGAACCCACCACCACGACUGCUCCCGGGACCUCUGCAAUGCAGGGAACGAGGGGCUGGAAAGGAAACGACCAGCCACUGCCCACCUCAAGUAGAAAAGUUUUAUUGAGCGGCUCU